ACGUGAAGCUAUCUACUUCCCGCUUAAUGCCUCUGCCAGGCUGCCCUGACCUAGUAUGGCUACUCAGGCUCAUGCCUCACUAUGGUCUCGAAGCCGCCACUAACCGGCCAGGUUCCGGGAGGCGCUGUUCAGGAUGCAACCACCCCCGCCCGUCUCUCCCCUCCCCCACGCCCGCGGCGGCGGCGGCGGUGACUGGAGCCCGGAUGCGGCGCCGUGAGACAAGCCCGUGAGAGCGGCGCGGAUGGAUCCAACAUGGCGGCGCCGAACCUGAGCCGAGAGAAGAGACUUCGGAAAUUAAGUUUCUUGCAGAGUACACUGGGGAUCACAGCUGUUGAGCAGGGAUUCUGGAAAGCAUUGUGUUCCUGAGCCCCCAGCAUGGCGGGCUUAAAGAGGCGGGCAAGCCAGGUGUGGCCAGAAGAACAUGGUGAGCAGGAACACGGGCUAUAUAGUCUACACCGCAUGUUUGACAUCGUGGGCACCCACCUGACGCACAGAGAUGUGCGUGUGCUUUCCUUCCUCUUUGUUGAUGUGAUUGAUGACCAUGAACGUGGACUCAUCAGAAAUGGACGUGAUUUCUUAUUGGCACUGGAGCGCCAGGGCCGCUGUGAUGAGAGUAACUUCCGCCAGGUGCUGCAGCUGCUGCGCAUCAUCACUCGCCAUGACCUGCUGCCCUAUGUCACCCUCAAGAGGAGACGGGCUGUGUGCCCUGAUCUUGUGGACAAGUAUCUGGAGGAGACAUCAAUUCGCUAUGUGACCCCCAGAACCCUCAGUGAUCCAGAUCCGAGGCCUCCCCAGCCCCCUAAAACAGUGCCUCCCCACUAUCCUGUGGUGUGCUGCCCCACUUCAGGUCCUCAGAUGUGUAGCAAGCGGCCAGCCCGAGGGAGAGCCACACUUGGGAGUCAGCGCAAACGCCGGAAGUCAGUGACACCUGAUCCUAAGGAAAAGCAGACAUGUGACAUCAGACUACGGGUUCGGGCUGAAUACUGCCAGCACGAGACUGCUCUGCAGGGCAAUGUCUUCUCUAACAAGCAGGACCCACUUGAGCGCCAGUUUGAACGCUUUAACCAGGCCAACACCAUCCUCAAGUCCCGGGACCUGGGCUCCAUCAUCUGUGACAUCAAAUUCUCUGAGCUCACCUACCUCGACGCAUUCUGGCGCGACUACAUCAAUGGCUCAUUACUAGAGGCACUUAAAGGUGUCUUCAUCACAGACUCCCUCAAGCAAGCUGUGGGCCAUGAAGCCAUCAAGCUGCUGGUCAAUGUGGACGAGGAGGACUAUGAGCUGGGACGACAGAAACUCCUGAGGAACUUGAUGCUGCAAGCAUUGCCCUGACCUUUUCCCCUUCUUACUUCUUGGGGACUGUUCCCACCAUCCACCUCUGGAGCUUACAUACUGUUCUGGAGUUUGUUCUCUACCCUUCCAACCAAUCACACCCCUGCCCUUUUUUUUUUUUUUUUUUAAAAAAGACAAAGGAAAAUGGAAGUGGUAUUCCCCACCCCUCCCUGCACCCAUGUGCCUGGGCUUCCCCUUUGUUUCCUGUUUUCACCUACCCCCUAAUGUGUGUCUCUACAGUCACCUUACCACUGAGCCGUAAGACAAACGUAAAGGGAGAAGCAAAGUCUAUAGAACAGUCUUUGUAAGGGAUUGAAGUGAACACUGCUUUUGGGUGCAUUGAGGGGUUAUCAAUACUUCUGGCUUCAUGAGGGCUCUUAAAUUUUGUCUGAAAAACCAAAGGGCUGCGAGUAAGGGAGCUAUGUAGAAGGUGGGACUCUGAAGUGUAUUUUGGAACUUAAUCACCACCCUCUUCCAAAUUACAGAAUUUUUAAAAAAAGAAGAAACUGUGGCCCUUUCCACUCUCUCCUGGCCUCUGGUGCUGCUCCUCUCUGCCUUUUCUCCAUUCCAUGGCUUGAAACUGCUGCCUGGUGUGGCUCCUUCCUUUUUCCCCUUUGUCAAAUCCUCUUCAAGGGAGUAACAGAUAAGAGGAUUGGGUCAGCCUGAUCACCCCUCUCAACUGUGAUAUAUGUGUACACAACAUACACAAGGUGGAUAGAGAAGAGGCUGCUGAUUAAAAUACACUCCCCCUGGAAAGGGGAAGGGGGAGUGUGAUAAUUUUCCUUCCAUGUUCAAGUGAAAAUAAAUAACAUACCCUGCAGCCCUUUUCCCCUUUGCUUUUUUUCUGGCUUAGGCAAAGGGCACCUUAGGAGAAAGUAAAUUCCUCAUUUUUCCUUCCCACUCCUCUACCCUUAUUCCCACUCCCAUGCUUGGGAGAACGGGGCUGGGAUAUGCACUGAGUGUUGCACUUUUUUUUUUUUUGGUAGAGAGGCAAGCUGAAUGAGCCAGGAAGUCUAGAACUCAAGCCUAGUCCAGUAGGUACAAUACCACCUCCCCUUCCAGCUCCUAAAGGAGAUGUCCAGACACAGACUUUAUGAUUAUUAUAUUUUUUUCAAUGCCAGUGCUGCUCAGUCCUCAGCAUAAUUUCAGUUUUCAUGAAAUAAACAGUGACUAUAUAAAAUUCCACUUUUCUGGAACUGAAAUCUGAGCUCAGGUGAAAGUUUCUUCUUUCCCAAGAAGUUGAGUCUGUGUUCCAUUGAGAGUCAAGGUUCCCCAAGUGAAGGGAGCUAUGCUUGGAUCCUGCCUACAAAUCACAAUAGUAUCAUCUCACAAUGUGUUGGGGUGGGGUUUUGUGUGUCUUGUGUAUCUAUCUAUCUCAACUCAUGGAAGUCAAAGCCUUAAAACUGUGGGUGACCCAAAUUGCCAUAGAGGUCAGGCCUGCGAUGCUGGAACACAGGCAGAUUUUGGCGUAACUGUUGCAGAAAGUUGAGGUCAAUUCUGGCAAGGCAGAGUCCUGGCCCUUCAGAGCAACGAGCCACCACUGUUCCCCAGGGGUCUACCACCAUGCUGUGGCCAUAACUACUUCUCUUCUCAUGGUGGCGUCCACAUUGUGCAGCUGCCACAACGUAGCACUGGGUUUCAAUGGCACGGGCCCGCAGCAAUACCUGAGGAUGAGAUGUGUGUUAAGUACGUGUAGCAGCUACUAGGGAAGUGAUAAGAAAUGGACAUUACAGACCAAUCUACUACCCAUUAUAACCACUUUUUUUUAUACUGGGGACUGAAUCCAAGGGUGAUUUACCACUGAGUGCAACCCCAGCCUUUUAAAAUUUUGAGAUGGGAUCCUGUUAAGUUGUGGAGACUGGCCUCAGACUUGCAAUCCUCCUGCCUUAGCCUCCUGAGCAGUUGGGAUCACAGGAAUGAGCUACUGUGCUGUGCCCAUCAUAACCAUUCUGAUAAUUGCCUAGUGAUGAUUUACCAAAUUAACUGUAUGAUAAUAUGAGAGAACUAUCUGGGAAGUGAAUUUUCCCACUAGGUGAGAAGGGGAAGAAAAAUCUUUCCACUGGUUAGGCUAAAGGAGGAGAAUGAGGCUAAAAGGUCUUUGCUAGGUGUAGUGGUGCACACCUGUAAUCCCAGAAACUUGGGAGGCUGAAGCAGGAGGAUCCCAAGUUAAAAACUCAGCAAAUCAGCAAGGCCCUAAGCAACUUAGAAAGACCCAGUUUCACUGGACAUGGU